AUGCUCAACUCAACGACGUCGGCCUCGUCCACCGCCAGCAGCAGGAAGUCGGACGACGACUUCUACGAUGCCAUGAGCAGCAGCACGUCCAAGACGGACGCCUCGCAGCCAGAGCCGUCCACGGCACGGCCGCUGCGCAUCAGGACCGACGACGCACGCUCUAACCAGGAAAACAUCUCGCCCGCCAAAUCGCGCCACAGCCGCAUUAUGUCAGGCACGGAGCUGUCGCCGCUGCGCAUUGUGGAGAGCCAGAGGAGCUCAUUGGACGGCGCGCUGCUCAAGGCCGCGAGUGGAGGCGUGCGCAGCCCGCGCAAGGUGUCGCCUGACCGACGCUUCCCUGUUAAGAUCAAUCUCGGCGGCGACGUGGCAUCGCGGGCAUCACCAACGGCGCACGAGCAGCAGCAGCAGUCUUCCAGCAUCGACGAGGUGGUGCACACCCGCGACCGACACGACAGCGACGGGAUGAAGCGGGCCUUGGGCAUCUACGAGGACGGCCAGAGGAGCGGCAGCAUCCGCGAGGAGGACGAGGACGGCGGCGACGCCACGCUGGGCGGCAUGGACGACUCCCAGCGACACCACGGCGGCGACGAUGACACGAUGGACGUCAGCGCCUUCAGCGCCUUUUCGGCCGUGCCUAAUGCGGCCAUGCUAGCAAGGCUGGGCCGGACGCCCGACGGACGCCGCGACGCAAAGCGAGCCCAUCACACCAUGGACGACGACUCCGCCUCUACCUCCAGCCUGCUCAUGGACUAUAACGAACGCCUCGGACGCUCGCAGCGCUCUUCCCCCGCUAGGCGCGACAUCCUGUCGCCCUCGCGCACCACGCCCAACCUGCCCAUGACGGGCACGCCCAAUCGCGACUUUGACGGCACGCCCAUGGCGACGCCGAGGAGCAUCCCCUCCAUCACACCGCGGGAGCUGGAGACGCUCAAAUCCAACUUCUUGUCCGAGAUCUCCUCGCUCAAGGCGUCGCUGAGCGGCAAGGAGGCCGAGGUGCACUCGCUCAAGACCGCCGUGGUCGAUGCCGAGAAGCGCGUGGGCGAGUCCAUGGAGAGGCUGCGCGAGGAGCGGAUGCUGAGGGAAGAGAUGGAGGGUGCCCUCCGCAUUGUGCGAGAAGAGAUUAUCGAGACGCAGAGGGAGAAGGAGGAUCUAGAGCACGAGCUGCAGGAGAGCGAGCAGCGGAGAGAAGCCUCGGAGAUGAUGCACCAAGAGGCCGAGAGCAAGCUGGCCGGCCUGCGCGCCGGCAAGGACCUGGAGAGGAAUUCGUCGCCAGACAAGGCCAACAACAGCGCGAGAGAGGUGGAAAUUGCCGUCGAGCGAGUGGCGCGAGAGCUGCACAGCCUCUACAAGAGCAAGCACGAGACCAAGGUGGCGGCGCUCAAGAAGUCGUAUGAGAACCGGUGGGAGAAGAAGGUCUGGGAGCUCGAGGCCAAGAUUCAGAACCUGACAAUGGAGAACGAGAGGCUGCACGCAGGCCACGGCUCCACCAUGACCAUGGUCGACCACGCCGACAUGGAGCAGUGGAAGGCCCAAUCGGCCCGCGACCACGCGACCAUCAGGGAGCUCGAGGCCGACAUUCAGCGGCUUGAGGCCGUCAUUACGACGGUGCGCCGUGACAACGACGAGCUGCGCGUCAGCCUGCAGCAAGAGAGAGUCGAGAAGGGCGAGCUGGUGCAGCUGGCGGAGGAGCUGAUGGCCAUGCAGAAUGUCGCGGCUGCGACACCCCCACAGCCCGCAGCGCCGCAGCCCGCGCCUCAAGCUGCCCCCCAGCAACCAGCUCCGCAGCGCCAGCAGCCGGCGGCGGCGGAGCGGAGGAACUCGGUCAACUCCGUGGCCAAGAAGCCGACGCUGGAGCGAGCAGACUCGGUGUCCAAGACGGCGAGACCCAACCCGGCGAACCGCAUCUCCGGCAUCCGGGCCCCAGGAACGGUCAUGAGGGCGCCUCACGAGAGGGGGAAGAGCAGCAUCGGAGGCGGCUUGCCUCGACCGGGUGGUGCCAGGGGCAGCGGCAUCCUGAAUUCGAUUGAAAAGAUGGGGAGCUAUGGGCGAUGA